AUGGCGGUGGCAUUUAGGUACCCUGCCGGAUGUCCUCGUCCAGUUCCCGGCGGCAGGAGUUCUCCGGCGGGGUUGAGGGCACCGUCGUCCCCAAUUUCUGCUCCCAUUAACUCUGUCCGGAGCAGGAGACUGGCACUGACAGCAUCUGUUCAGAAAAGCAGCAGCUGCAACUUAAAUCCAUCGUCCUUGUCAUUUAAGCAGGUAUGGACAAACCAAUCUGCUCUCUCUCUCUCUCUCUCCGUAUGUCUUUUUCUCUCUCUUUGUCUCUCUAGUUGCAAUUAUGAUACCUGCCGGGUGAAAUCUAUUGUGGGUUCUUUUUCAGCUGAUCGAGUCGCUCAUAGAUCGCGUUGACCUUUCGGAAGAAGUCGCAGAGGCUUCGCUGGAUCUCCUGCUUGGUGAAGCCAACGAGGCCCUGAUAAGCGCCUUCCUUGUGCUUCUGAGGGCAAAGGGAGAGACCUUCGAAGAGGUAGACGAAUUCGGGUCUUAAAUCCCGCCGCCGCCGCCGCCGCCGCCGCGGUGAUCCACAGUGUUAUUCAAUAGACUCUCCGAAAAUGCAGAUCGUGGGAUUGGCCAGGGCGAUGAUCAAACACUCCCGGAAGGUGGAAGGCCUCGACGGCGAUGCCGUUGACAUCGUGGGAACCGGCGGUGACGGCGCGGAUACGGUCAACAUAUCAACUGGCGCCGCUAUUCUAACUGCAGCCGCCGGAGUGAAUGUGGCCAAGGUGACGGCCCAAAUCUUCCUCCUUUCCUUAAAUAAUAUUAAUCCUCUCUCCAUGAAACACCGUAAAAAAGAAAAAAGAAAAAAUGAUGAAUGUUGACUUAUUUUUCAGCAAGGAAACCGCUCCAGUUCUUCAGCAUGUGGGAGUGCCGACGUGUUGGAGGCUUUGGGGGUGAACAUCGAAUUGCCCCCUGAGGUGAGCUGGCUAGAAUUGAGCUCAUCAGCCAUUUAGUCAACUUUUCUUCCAAUCUGGUCUACUUUCUUCUGUUCUAGUCGAGUUUUCUCAGAUUUUCUCUCACUGUUCGACCAUUGAACCAUAUGAUCCCAUGCUUAAUGACUCUGAGCGACAGGGAAGGUGGUUCCCCAGAGUGAUCUCAAGGAAAAUGAUGACCAGAAAAAAGAUGGGGACCGAGAUCCUUGUGUUGGUGCACUUUGUGACUAAAAAUAGUCAAAAUUAACAGCCACUCAGAAGUUCACCGUUGAGCGGAUGGUGAGCCAUAAACAGGAAGUCAACGACCUUCGCCAAUCAGGGAUCUUGUCUGGCUUUUUAGUAGCUCCAUUAGCGUUGGCCGCUGCUAUCCAGUGCAUGAAGGCUGAUCUCUGAGAUGAUGAUCAAGGAAAUGCGCAGGCUUUUCUUCGACCUGCUUCAUGCCACUGAGAGGCUUUCAGACCCUUAUUUUCUUUUUCCAUCCAAUAUAUUUUCAUCGCGUAGCAUGAUUUUUUGCUCAGAUUUCCAGUUCAGUUCUCGCUGUCAACUGAGAUGCCGGCGUCAUUGAUUCACUUAUCUUGUCUUGAUGGGUUGAAGGGGGUAAGGAGAUGCAUCAAGGAAGUGGGCAUCGGUUUUAUGAUGGCUCCCAAGUACCACCCGGCCAUGAAGAUUGUGGGUCCUGUUCGGAAGAGGCUCAAGGUCAAGACCGUGUUCAACAUCCUUGGUCCGAUGCUAAAUCCAGCAAGGGUGCCUUUCGCUGUCGUCGGCGUCUACCACGAAGAGAUUGUGAGUUUCUAGCUGCCCUCCUGAAUUAUGUUCUUUAUUCACAGUAUUAAAAAUUACUUUAAAUUGUAUAAAUUUCUUGUCGGGGGAAAUAAUUAUCCUUCCCCGCUAUGUUCUCGUCCAUUUUAGAAUGAUUUCCCACUGCAAAAUUGGUUCUUUGGGAGUACAAGAUGAUGAUCCCUUGCCCAUUUGGUUUUUUUUUUUUUUUUAAUUUCUUAUGACGGCAGUAUGAAUAGCUUUAUUUCGUUUAUACACCCGGGAAUUAUCAUAGUUGGGAAAUAAUUCAAGGCCUGCCAGUAUCUUGAAUAUGCUGGAAUUUUAUUCCAUUUUUUUUUUUUACUCUGGGCAUAUGGCAAUAUCUGGAUUGCAGGUGCUCAAGAUGGCCAGGGCACUGCAGAGGUUUGGGAUGAGGAGAGCGGUUGUAGUUCAUUCAAAGGGUUUGGAUGAGAUCAGCCCCCUGGGUGAGCCUUUCAUUGCUUCCUCAGGCUUGCUAUUGAUUCCAUUCCCAUUUAAGCAAAAAAUCAGACAUACUAUCAAUAAAUAAUAAUAAUAAUAAUAAUAAUAAUAAUAAUAAUAAUAAUAAUAAUAAUAAUAAUAAUAUAUUCUACACUCCCAGGCUGCUGCUCCUCUUUUUUUCUAUUUUUAAAUUAUUUCUCUGGUAUUUAUGGUUCUUCCCAUGUCAGGGCCGGGAUAUCUCCUGGAUGUCACUUCGGAAAAGAUUGAGAAGGCAUUCUACGAUCCACGUAUGUUCUUCCCUUUCCUGCUCGUCGAGACUGUGGGGGCUCCUCCCUCCUCCCCCUCUUCUCUGCGGCGACUUCUGGGGAAGAGGGGAACCUCUUGGAUUUAUGUUUUAGCUUUGUGUGUUCUACCCAUUAACGUGGAGCUUGGUGGGUGGGGCAGUUGACUUUGGCAUCCCGCGAUGCACCCUGGAAGACCUGAAAGGAGGAGGGCCAGAAUUCAACGCUCAGGUUCUUAGGGACGUGCUAUCAGGCGGAAAGGGGGCCAUCGCCGACGCCCUGGUCAGUCUUCCGUUCUUGCCAAGAUGGGAUUUUGCCUCGUUCCCCUCUUUCUAUUUCAUUGUACUCUCUCUCUCUCUCUCUCCCCCCCCACUCUGUUUUCUAGUAGAAGUCAGAUGCCAGGAAGCUUCGUCGACUUCGCCGUGUUCUUCUUCUGGUCUGAGAGAGUAAUCCGCGUGUGUUCUUGGCCAAGCAGAUUCUGAACGCCGCCGCCGCCCUUCUAGUGAGCGGCCAAGUCGGCAGCCUGGGCGAAGGAGCGGCUCUCGCCCGCGAAACCCACGCAUCAGGGAAAGCUCUCGCGACGUUGGAUUCGUGGAGAGAUCUGUCCAACGUAAGUUCCCCAAGCUUUCCAAUCACUUCAGUUAUUUCAAGGAUCCCGCUCACCCUCUCUCUCUCUCUCUCUCUAUCUCUAUCUCUCCAUCGACAAAACCGCAGAAAAUCAGAGACGAGGUCAGUACAGUAGCUGCUUGAAACCCAAGUGGCCGAAUCCUCAAGAAGGCCUACUGCACAGAUGGGUCACCCCACGGCAGGCAAGUUUCAAUUUUUAUGCGAAAUCCGAUGUUUGUUCUUUCUGUGCGAUCUGAGCAUACUGUGAAAUAAAUCGAGCGAUGGGUUUUCAUCUACGGCCUAGCCAUGAAUGAGGCCCAGAACGAGCACCAGAGUAGAUGGCUCUCUGAAAGAGGCCGCCGUCGCCUGAUUUUCAUGCAAAACCCAGUGGUUCUCCUGUAAUUUCUGGUCUGAUCUUAUGCUAAUUGAGCAAAUAAUGACAUAAAAAGUCAACCCAGAGAUACCCACAUGACCAUGGCCAUGAAUAUCCUUCGCGCAUUUCUCCUAUGCCGUCCAGCAUCCAGAUUAUUUUAAUAGAGCACACCCAUGGUUCUCAGUGAAUGGGAACCUUCUGUUUUUUGGAGAGAGAGAGUGAGAGAGAGAGAGAGAGAAGGGGGGCAGGAGAGCUUCCACCGCCUGAACAUACCUAUGCAGCUGGGCCGGCGAGGGCUCCUGCCUGUGAGAGAAGAGGCACCAGCUUCCCGCCCCUGUGGAUCUCCGUCACAGCUGCCAAUGACAGAGGAAGGAGGAGAAGAUCACAGGAUCAGGCGCGGUCUCCAACAAGGUGGGAGCAUUGGAAAAUUGGGUGGGUCGAGCGGUCUCACUGUCGCAGCCGCCGAUGUGGUUCCCGCCGAUGAACACAUUGGGAACAGUCCGCUGCCCAGUCCACUCCGCCAGGGCCGACUGUAUGUGGGACCCGUCGCCUGA